CGGCGCCAAUCCAGGCCAGAUAUUCAAUAAUCUCAUACACGUCUUCAUGCCGAGCCCGCUCACCUCGGACCUGUCCACAGCGAAGGACAAAACCGGCGCCACCGAACUGCAGCAGCACGCCAGAAGAACGGCGCUGAGUCACUUGCCGAGGAUAAUAGCGUCCUUGUCUGCCUUGUGGCAAGCGGUCUUAGCGACGAAAGACAAUGAGCAAGCGAGCUGUGUGGUGGGCAGUCCGAGAAUAGUCAAGUAUCAGCUGUUGGAGCUCCUGUCGCCAAUCUCUUUCCAUCAUGGAGCCAAUUUCCUGGCUGCGGUCGCAGUGGCUUGGCAUGAAAGACGACAACCGUCCGCCGUUUCGAAGAAGGUCAAUUUUAAUUUAGGAAACACGCAAUAACUGCAUUGGGCUUUUAUAACUUACUAACUAACUUUCUGCAUGGUUAUCAUUAUUUUUAAUUAUUAAAAUCUUUAUAUUCCUUGCCUAAUUUUAUCAAUUUCAUUGUCUAUGUUCGAUUAACUCUGAGAAGGCCAAAGAGAUUAGACAACUCCGAGCAACUUUAAUUUCCGCGUAUUUUUUUCCUUUUUAACAAUUAUGAGGAUACCAUGAUUUUUCCUACCUUUUCCCAGAUAUCAGACAGAAAUAACAGAUGUAAGAGAAACAUUGAGGUCUGAUUCACUGCAAUAGACUAGUUGAAAGCAGUGGUCUUUCCAGGGCUAAAGAAAAAAGGAACAAUGACGUGAAAGAGCAG